GUGCAGGCCGCGUUAUUAUAUUUCUGAGAGCUUUACCCCCGACAUCGCUCAGUGCAGCUCAGUAUGCCGAGGGACUACUGUGAACAUUGACCACUUCCAUAUCUCAAAGGCUGCAUUAAAUGCAUAAGGGUGACCUGCUGCCACUUUCACUUCAUACUGCGUGUGCUUAGAGGUUUCCAACAUGGUGAAGAAAACGUUGGCGGACAAAACGCCUCAAAACGAAGAUUCUGUGAAAAAUAAUGACGAUUUAUUAAACGACGACGAAGAGGCAAAUUUCAGUGACCCUGAAGGAUUUGUCGAUGAUAUCACUGAUGAAGAACUUCUUGGUGACAUACUGAAGCAAAAACCAUCAGAGACAGAUGGUGUGGAAUCAGUGAUUGUCAUCGACGGUGUUCCUCAAGUUGAACCAGAAAGAUUAGAAAAACUUCAAUCGGUCAUUAGCAAAGUCUUAGGAAAAUUUGGUACAAUAGUAAACCAAUACUAUCCUAAAAAUGAAAAUGGACACACAAAAGGAUACAUAUUUUUAGAGUACAAUAAUCCUCUAAAUGCCUUAGCAGCUGCUCAAUCUGUAAAUAAUUACAAAAUUGAUAAACAACACACAUUUAAAGUAAAUUUAUUUACUGACUUCAAGAAGUUCGAGGAGAUUUCAGAAGAAUGGGAACCUCCCAAACCACAGCCAUUCAAAGCAGCAACAGACUUACAUUACUAUCUUCUAGAACCAGAUGCUUACGAUCAGUUUUGUGUACUUUGUGGUAAUGGCCCCUCUGUUACUGUUCAGGUUUGGCAGAAUUCUGCUCCUGAACCAACAUUACUUGAAGAACGUUCUCGUUGGACCGAGACUUACGUCAAAUGGUCUCCACUGGGAACAUAUUUGUCAACAUUUCACAAACUCGGUGUCGCAUUGUGGGGAGGUCCACCAUUUUUACAACAAGCGAAAUUCGGUCAGAAGGGUGUUGAAUGCAUUGAUUUUUCACCUUGUGAACGUUACGUAGUAACUUACACUCCUCGCACUGAUCUUGGUUCUGAUCAGAAGCGACUCGUAAUUUGGGAUAUUUUGACCGUUCAGGAAAAACGUUCAUUUCAAGCAGACGGUUCCUCCGUGUGGCCCAUCUUCCGAUGGUCAUACGAUGACAAAUAUCUUGCUCGCAUGGGAGAAGAUAUCUUGAGUGUCUAUGAAACACCGUCAUUUGGAUUGUUAGACAAGAGAAGUAUAAAGAUCCCUGGAAUCAGAGAUUUCAGUUGGUCUCCUACAGAUAAUAUCCUUGCCUACUGGGUACCUGAAGAUAAAGAUGUUCCAGCUAGAGUGACCCUUCUCGAAAUUCCAAACCGUAAUGAAAUACGUAACAAGAACUUGUUUAACGUGGCCGACUGUAAAAUUUAUUGGCAGAAGUCUGGGGAUUAUCUUUGCGUGAAAGUAGAUCGUUUCGCCAAACGUAAAGAAAAAACGGAGCAGAAGUACACGGUUUAUUACCAGGGUAUGUCGUACAACUUCGAAAUCUUCCACAUGAGGGAAAAACAAAUUCCAGUCGACAGUGUGGAAAUUAAAGAACCGAUUCAUGCCUUUGCUUGGGAACCUGUUGGAAGCAAAUUCGCCAUUAUUCAUGGAGAGAUUCCUAGCGUUAAUGUUAGUUUCUAUGAAGUACGGUACGGUCAUCAGCCUGCUCUUCUCAAGAAAUUGGAGAAGAAAGCUUGCAAUCAUUUAUUCUGGUCGCCUUCCGGUCAAUUUAUUGUUCUCGCGGGGUUAACAACCAUGGCAGGCGCUUUGGAGUUUAUUGACACUAAUGAUUUUACUAUCAUGAACUCUACAGACCAUUAUCAAACGUCUGACGUAGAAUGGGAUCCUACCGGACGAUAUGUUGUAACAGCCGUUUCUAGUUGGAAGACCAGUGUUGAUAAUGGAUACUGGAUAUGGACUUUCCAGGGACGUAUCUUAAAGAGGGUUAAUCUUAACCAAUUCAACCAACUGUUAUGGCGUCCAAGACCACCAACAUUGUUGACACCGGAACAAAUUAAGGAGAUCAAAAAGAAUUUGAAGAAAUAUUCCGCUCAAUUCGAAAGCAAAGAUCGCAUGCGAUUAACGCGUGCCUCGAAGGAAUUAAUUGAGAAACGAUGUGCAGCGAUGAAGUCAUUCGAAGAAUACAGAUCGCAGCGCAUACAAGAAUGGAACAACCAGAAGAAACGACGUUUAGAACUACGCAAUAAUAUCGAUACAGAUGAGUUAGAUUCUGAUUCGAAGAAUGUGGAAGAAGAAGUAAUCGAAUUUUUCGUCAAAGAAGAGACAUUCGUUAUCGACGACAAAUAAAUCUUUGUGGGAGAAACUUUCUUCUAUUUGCCAUUUUUGGGAAAUCUCUAGUGCAAAACCGAUUCAAUCAUUUGUGCAAAGUGUCAUCAAAACAAUAAUCUUUCGGAGUCACAUUAACCGUGACUCCCAAUAGUGGACAAUGACUAUUCUAAGUGAUUACGAACAGUUUUUCUUAUAUUACUUCUGCAGUUUAACUCGGAUCAUUUCUAUCGUAUCGACGUUUCGUAUAAAACGCCGCAACCGUAGUACUAUAAAGUUUUAUCAUGUUCCAUACAGGAUAGUAUGUCAAUCAGCAAAUAAUUAUUAUCAGUAUAACCUCAGAA